AACGUAUAAUAAAUAAACAAAAGGAAAUUGUAUACCUGCUGUUUACGUUAUUGGCCCAUUGAAUGUUACAACAGUAUCGUAGCCAUCGAUGUGACUCGCGUUUUUAGUAACGUUUUGUUUGUUCUAAUUUAAUAUUAGUUUCUACUCCACGAAAUGGACAAACAGGACUCUCCUAGUGAUUCAACUGAUUCUGCGUCCUCUUGGGAGUUUGUGCUUGACUCUCACAAAAAUAAUUCAAAAUUAACAAAGAAGAAUCCUUCAGCACCUUCAUCUAGAAGCAGUGAAUCUGAUAGUAUAAGCAUCUUAAGCGAUGGUGAAGAAUUUGAACACUAUGAGGCCGUUGUAGAAACAGCUGAAAAAUGCACUGAUGACUUGCUAUUUUCUUCUGAUACAUCUACAUCAGUGGAAAGUGGAAAUGAUAAGUCUACCAAUGAUUCUUUGCAGCCAUUGGAGAGAAAAGAUUUAAAUAAUGCAACUAUUCUGAAUAAACACAUUACAUUAGAAGAAUCCAAUUUGCCAAUAAUUGGAAGUUGUGAUCAACUGAAUUUUUCUUAUUUGACCUCGGUGAGCAUUGCUCUAAUUUUAGCAUUGUCUAUUUUUCUAUCUCCUUUGAACAGUAUUUUUUUAAAAUAUUUUCAUAAGAAUAACACUUUGGAUGAGGGCGACUUUGAAGAAGGUUUUUAUUCAAAUGAGUGUCCACCGAUUUCAAAGUACUGUUUGACACAGUACAUUUACAAUGAAAAAGACGCAGGGCACCUAAUAAUUAACCCCGUAGAUGAAAACAAUUUUAAACUGAAAUUUGAAGUAAUUCCUCCUGCUGAGGAAAUAAAUUUUAAUAAUUUACCACUUGAAAAGGACAAUGGGCAAACAAAGAAUACAAAGAACAGGUCCAAAAAUAGAAAACAGAAACAUUCAAAAGAAAGUAUCGGUGAAGUUAAUAAAAAAGGUUUAGAAUUUGAAAAAAGGCAGAAAAGUUCAACAAAAGGCCAAAAUAUUUUGGACAUUGAAGCGAAUCAGUUAGAACGACUUAAUAAAGACGACUACAAAAGAUUUAUAAUGAAACUUAAAAGGAAACGAGAAAAAUUAAAUUCGCGCGCAAAAUACAUUAAGAAGAAAGAAAAAUAUCUCGAUGCAAAAGAGCAGGAGCUUUUAAAAAUGGAAAAGGAACUGUAUGAAAGGUCAGAAAAAAUAAAAGAAUUUGUUAGAAGAGAAGAAAAACGUCGUCGGCAUUUUAACAACAAAGACAAUAACAAAAAUUCCUUCAAAUCAAAAUACUAUAACGAACCACUCAAAGAGGAAAAAAUGCGCAUAAAACGCAAAGAAUUAAACAAUACCGUUUCCGGCGAAUGGUAUGACCAAUUGUACAAUGCCAGAGAAAAAAUUCGAAAAGACGAGCACGCCAGUGAUUGGAUGUUUGAGUUAUAUAACUACCGAGAAGCGAAAAGAAGAGAAAAUAAAGGGAAAAAUAAAUCCUCAUGGGUGGGUGGAGGGGUAAAUUACCGUUCGAAUUUUAGGAGAUGAUUUCUAAAUAAAAAAAACUACAUGUAGGACACCCAAAUGUGAUUACAAUUGUAUUAUCUUGUAUAGCUGAUAUAUAAAGACACAAUAUAUCAAAAUCUUCUAGA